UUCGCUGGCUGUGCCACUGAAAAGCCCGCUGCCUUCUCAGAUUCAAAUUUUCGUCACAAACCCUAGCUCCGUGUCGUGUCCAUGGCUUCUCGGAUCCCCGGCAAGCCUCGUCUCCCGUCGAGGAGCCCAUUGCAUAGGAAGGAGAAUCAGGAUGAGGCGCCCCUCGACAAGCGCCGGAGGCUGGUCGGGAAGACAGUGACCCAAUCGUCUAACGCCAGGGGGCGGCAGUUGCUCACUUCCAUCAACGCUGGCCCUGACCCCACUGUGACCCGCGACCAAGCAGCCCCCGCCGAAGCCCCUGAUGGUGCUGGGGUCGAGUUCUCGUCCAGGGAGGAUGUGGAGAAUCUCCUGGGGGAGAAGAUGAAAGGGAAGAACAAGAAUGACUUUAAGGGGAGAUGCGAGCAGAUGAUUGAGUAUAUUAAGAAGCUCAGGAUUUGCAUCAAAUGGUACAUGGACCUUGAAGAUGGUUAUUUGGCGGAACAGGAAAAGCAGCGACAUUUGAUGGAAACUGAAGAGAAAAGGCACAAUGAAAUUGAGGCCCAGUUGAGAGCAAAGAUUGAUGAAAUGGAGGUCCACAUUAAGGAGUUAAAGGUUGAGUAUGUAUCUUUGCUGGAGAAAUUUGAAAGAGAAGAGACUGAGAAGCAGGCUGCAAUAAAAUCUUAUGAGGAUGAAAGAGACACACGAAUUGCUGUGGAGAGUGCCCGCACUGCUCUAUCUGGAGACCUUGAAAGAGUUAACCAAGAGCUACAACGACUCAAUGAUCAGUUAAAGAUUGUCCAAGAAAACAAUAGGAGAUUGCAGGAGUACAAUACUAGUUUGCAGCAGUAUAAUAGCAAUCUUCAGGCUGAUGCAAAGGAAAACGGUGAGACCAUCUCAAAGCUACAGAAAGAGAAGACUGCAAUUGUUGAAAACUUAACCAGUCUAAGGGAUCACAUUAAUUCACUUAAAAGUCAGUUGGAUUCUUCGAGGUCUUCUCAGCAAGAGCUUACUAAACAGAAGGAAGAGUUAAAUAAAGAACUAAAUUGUCUUAGGACUGAUCUUCAACAAGUAAGGGAUGAUCGAGAUCAUGCAUUAGCACAAGUGCAGAGCUUAUCACUUGACGUUGUUAACUUUAAAGAAAUAAAUGGAAAAUCAUCCAAAGAUUUGGAUAUGAUUACUAUGAAGUCAGAUGCUCUUGAGGAAACCUGCACUUCCCAAAGAGAGCAAAUCCAGUUAUUGCAACAUCGACUUGCUUCUUCAAAUGAGAAACUAAAGCAAGCCGAUUUGACCACCAUUGCAACUAUGUCUGAAUAUGAAGGGCAAAAGAAAAUUAUAACUGAUUUGCAAAAUCGUCUAGCUGAUGCUGAGUUUCAAAUUUUGGAAGGAGAGAAAUUGCGUAAAAAGCUGCAUAAUACCAUAUUGGAACUUAAGGGAAACAUUCGAGUCUUCUGCAGGGUUCGCCCUAUUAUACCCGAUAGUGAUUCUAACGGUAUAGAUGGGGCAGCAAUUUCUUAUCCUACUUGCGUGGAAUCUGUUGGCAGGGGCAUUGAUUUGAUGCAUAAUACUCAAAAACACUGCUUCACUUUUGACAAAGUAUUCAAUCAUGAAGCUUCACAAGAAGAUGUAUUUGUUGAAAUUUCACAAUUGGUGCAGAGCGCAUUAGAUGGGUACAAGGUGUGCAUUUUUGCUUAUGGGCAAACUGGUUCGGGUAAAACCUACACUAUGAUGGGAAAACUAGAAAAUUUAGAACAGAAAGGUCUCAUACCCCGUUCAUUGGAGCAGAUUUUUGAAACUAGCCAAUCACUUCAAUGCCAGGGUUGGAAGUUCAAGAUGCAGGCAUCUAUGUUAGAGAUCUAUAAUGAGACAAUUCGAGAUUUGUUGUCUCCAAGCCGUUCACACAGCUUGGAGGGUAAACAAUACUCAAUUAAGCAUGAUUCUGCUGGCAAUACGACAGUGUCUGACCUUACUAUUGUAGAUGUUUGUAGUAUCAGGGAGGUUUCUUACCUCCUACACCAGGCUGCACAGAGCAGGUCUGUCGGAAGGACACACAUGAACGAAGAAUCCUCAAGAAGUCAUUUUGUGUUCACCUUGAGGAUAUUCGGUGCCAAUGAGAGCACAGAACAGCAGGUUCAAGGUGUACUCAACCUGAUAGAUCUUGCAGGAAGUGAGCGCCUAGCAAGAAGUGGUGCGACAGGAGACCGCCUAAAGGAAACUCAGGCAAUCAACAAGAGUUUGUCUGCCUUGAGUGAUGUAAUUUUCGCGCUCGGGAAGAAAGAAGACCACAUACCUUUCAGAAAUUCUAAGCUAACCUAUCUAUUGCAGCCUUGCUUAGGUGGAGAUUCUAAAACAUUAAUGUUCGUCAACAUCUCCCCAGAAGCAUCUUCAUCUGGGGAAUCAAUUAGCUCACUUCGGUUUGCCUCGAGGGUCAACUCCUGCGAGAUCGGAGUUCCUCGACGACACACUCAGAUGUGACCAUCUUCAGAUUUGCGGCUGAGCUAUAGUUGAUCCUCGACCUUACCACAGUUAACCAACUCUACGUUAUCAUAAUUCGCCGUCAGAAUUGUAACAUGUCCACUGUAAUAUUACACAAAUCACUAGCAAUCGAUCGUUUGUGGUGGGUUUGCUUGCUUUGAAUUAAGUUUGAGUUCGUAUGCUGAUUUGAGUGUACCGUGAAGGCACCUUGAGUUCAUUUCAUAGUUGUGUAUCUUUCAGAUAUUGUUAUUCUACAUAAUUGAAAUUUGGAAAGUGAUUUAGAAUGAA